GGCCGCAGGCUCUGUCCGUCGGGGGCCCCGUCAGGUCUUGGGAAGAAGAGCUUGGUUGCACAGCGGGUGUUGCUGGCAGUGAUUUGCAGACCGGAUUGACCUAUCCUGGAUUGGAUGAGGAGUUCAUUGGCAAGAAAACUGAAAGCAGAUAAUCCCUGGGAACUACUCUGCAGUCUUGCUUCUGGGUUCUGGUAAUACCAGGCACAAUGGCUACAGUAGCCCAGAAGCACUUUUUGGAAGGGCAGACAUACUCAGUCCCCCUGAUCCAACCGGACUUACGCAGGGAGGAGGCUGUUCAGCAGGUGGCCGAUGCACUUCAGUAUCUGCAAAUGGUGUCAGGCGAUAUCUUCAACAGGAUCUCUCAGCGGGUGGAGGCCAGCCGGGCACAGCUUCAGGCAAUCGGUGAGAGAGUCACGCUCGCCCAAGCAAAGAUUGAGAAGAUAAAGGGCAGCAAGAAGGCUAUUAAGGUAUUUUCCAGUGCUAAGUAUCCAGCCCCUGAACGGCUGCAGGAGUACAGUUCAAUUUUUGCUGGUGCAGAAGACCCAGCUAAACAGAAAUGGCCAAGACAUAAAAUUCAGAGCAAACACCGAAUGCUGGAUGAGAAAGCUCUGCAGGAGAAGCUCAAGUACUUCCCUGUGUGCCUGAACACCAAAAUUCACCAGGAGGAUGAUGCAGAAGAAGGCCUUGGCAGCCUCCCCAGGAACAUCAGCUCCCUUAGCUCCCUGCUGCUCUUCAACACCACCGAGAACCUGUACAAGAAGUAUGUUUUCCUGGAUCCUCUGGCUGGAGCAGUGACCAAGACCCAUGUGGCUCUGGAAACAGAGACAGAAGAGAAGCUCUUUGAUGCUCCUCUUUCCAUUACCAAAAGAGGACAGCUGGACCGACAGGUAGCUGAAAAUUACUUCUACGUGCCAGAUUUGGGCCAGGUCCCCGAGAUCGAUGUGCCAUCCUACCUGCCAGACCUGCCUGGCAUUGCUGCAGAUCUCAUGUACAGUGCUGAUCUGGGCCCUGGCAUCGCACCAUCUGCCCCUAGCAGUGCUAUUCCAGAGCUGCCCACUUUCAACACUGAGUCGGUGGAGCCUUUGCAACCAGACCUUCAAGAUGCUGAGCUAUUGCCGCCGCCCCCACCACCACCUCCCCCACCACCUCCUGUUAUGCCAACUACUGUGCCUCCUCCGCCACCCCUGCCCCAGCCCACAGCCCCCUCUGAGCCAGCCCGGACAGCGAGCGAGGAGAGCAGCAAUGCAGUGCCUGUAGCUUUGGUCCAGGGAGCCCCGAAGGAGGUGGUGAACCCCUCUACUGGGCGUGCCAGUCUCCUGGAGUCCAUCCGCCAGGCCGGUGGCAUUGGGAAGGCCAACCUCCGCAGUGUCAAGGAGAGGAAGCUGGAGAAGAAGAAGCAGAAGGAACAAGAACAAGUGAGAGCUACAGGACAAGGUGGAGAUUUGAUGUCAGACCUCUUCAACAAACUGGUGCUGAGGCGCAAAGGUAUUUCGGGGAAAGGGCCGGGAGCCUCUGCAAAUCCCGAUGCUCCUGGAAGUCCUGCUGGUGCCUUUGCUCGUAUGUCGGACUCAAUACCACCCCUCCCACCCCCACAGCAGCCCGUGGGUGAGGAGGAUGAGGAUGACUGGGAGUCAUAGAUGGGGUCAGUUGAGCGUCAGACUCUUGAACUAAGCACCUUUGAGAGACACCAGCCUGUGAAGGUACCUCCUAGAGCGUGGGCACUGGCAAGAGACCCUGUCAUUUCUUUUUGAAGAAGAACAAGAGCAACAGGAGCUAACUGCUGCUGAGGUUACAGUUAUCAAUGAGGGUUUUUCUUCUGCUGUCUGCUAUUCUCCACCCCAAGUACUACAUUCCAUCUCAAAUGCUGCUGCGGCUCACACUGGCGCAAUAAAUCCUGCCUUAGCUGGCAGGCAGUGGGGGCUGCCUGUGCUCAGAGGAUCAGAACUAACUUUGCUCCUGAUUUAAAGGGCCCUCAGUCUUUCCUAAUGUGACUGGUGAUGACUGCAAAAGCAUCUCUUGCAGGCAAACAGCCCUUGCCUCAUUUGUCUCCUUGUGCUUGCUUGCUGAAGCUCCUGUUUGCUUGGUUGUUGCUAGAAGAAAGUGUGUAUGUGUCCCUUCACAGGGCUCUAAUUCCUGGUGCCUCUGCACUUGAUGGUUUCUUUCUCUACCUGGCUUAUGGUAAUUCUUUGCCUGUUGCCAUCUGAAAAAUUUCAAUAAAGUUGAAGGAAGCAGGUCCUUGCAGCCUUCACUUUGGUAAAAGCAGGAAGCGUGCUCAAUUA